UAUGCAGAGGUUUGCACGCACAUUGGAAUUUGUAGGCCAUAAAAAAAAAGAUGCGAUGCUCCACGCAAACACUUAAUAGUUACAGAGAGUUGUACUACUUAUGCAACUACAAAGCCAAGCACAUACAAACACUCAUCAAUUCCCAACGAAAUUAUUACUUACCUUGGCUCAUACAAUAUUAUAUUACUAUUUCAGUUAGCACCAUAACUGGUUGUUCUUAAUAACAAGUUUAAGUAGUAGUAGUAUUAGAUUUCCAACCUUUCAACAUUGGAACAAAGAAGUUCUCUGUCAACCAUGGAACGUUACGAGGUAAUCAGAGAUCUCGGUUCAGGGAACUUCGGUGUAGCAAAGCUUAUUAGAGAGAAAUGCAGUGGUGACUUCUAUGCUGUCAAGUUCAUUGAGAGAGGCCUCAAGAUUGAUGAGCACGUGCAGAGGGAGAUCAUCAACCAUAGGUCCUUAAAGCAUCCCAAUAUCGUUAGGUUCAAAGAGGUCCUACUUACUCCAACACAUCUUGCCAUAGUGAUGGAAUAUGCUGCUGGAGGAGAACUAUUUGAGAGAAUAUGUAGUGCUGGAAGAUUCAGCGAGGACGAGGCAAGAUAUUUCUUCCAGCAGUUGAUUUCUGGAGUCAGUUAUUGCCAUGCAAUGGAAAUUUGCCAUAGAGAUCUCAAGCUGGAAAACACACUUUUGGAUGGAAGCACAGCACCAAGGCUUAAAAUAUGCGACUUUGGUUACUCAAAGUCUUCUGUUCUGCACUCGCAGCCAAAAUCCACUGUAGGAACCCCUGCAUAUAUUGCUCCAGAGGUCUUGUCAAGAAGAGAAUAUGAUGGAAAGGUUGCAGAUGUUUGGUCUUGUGGGGUGACCUUGUAUGUGAUGCUCGUUGGUGCUUAUCCUUUCGAAGAUCCAGAAAACCCAAGAAACUUCAGAAAAACUCUUCAGCGAAUUCUGAGUGUCCACUAUUCUAUUCCAGACUAUGUUCGUAUAAGCAAAGAGUGUAGACACCUUCUAUCUCGAAUAUUUGUUGCCAACCCUGAAAAGAGAAUUACCAUACCAGAGAUAAAGAUGCUACCAUGGUUCCAACAGAACCUACCACUAGAAUUCACGGAUGAGGGUGCAGGUAGCCUGCAAAAUGGUGGUGGGAACCAUGAUGAUGAUAGUUCAGUUCAGAACAUUGAAGAAAUAUUAUCAAUAGUACAAGAGGCUAGGAAGCCAAGUGAGGAUAACCCAGAAGAAGCUGGUGGGCAGUUUGUUGGGGGCAGCAUGGACCUUGAUGAUAUUGAUGUAGAUGCUGACAUGGAUGAUAUUGAAACAAGUGAUGAUUUCGUCUGCACUUUGUGACUUGCAAACUUUGCACUUUACCAAUUCAAUAUCAUACAUCAGAUCAAACUAAAAUUCUCUCAAGAAAAGUAGUUUAAGAUAAGAUGGUGUUCCUUUUCCUCAGCCUUAACGGGAUAGGCAACAGGGAAUCAAAGUAGACUAAAGCUCUCUUUAUAACAUAAAUAAAUAGUUUCCUUUGAUUGGAAGUUGCUUGUAGUGGCUAGAAUCAUAUAGGGGGAUUUUACUGGUUUUUCUUGCUUUUCCCACUUUGCAAAACAAUAAUCCCACUAUAUUGUAAGAUAUGCUUAUCUUAUGUGUAUUAUGUAUAAUAAUACUUGGUACUUGAGGGUUCUGUACCCGAAAUAUAUAA